UUUUAAGAUUCUCAUCCAUUCAAUUGGAACGUUAGUUUUUUGCUUACUUUCACUAUUUCAAACAUAGAUCGAAGAUAAAAAUGUCGUCGAUCUCGAGGGAAUCAUUAAUAAUCUGGCGAAAACUGCCAGUGAUGAUUUUUGUUAUAAAAGCUAUCGAAAGCUUUCAGGACACUCUACGUGAUCCAAGCGUGAUCUCAGUUGUGAUCUUGUCAAUGGACAGAAACAGUGCGUAGUGGUGUGUACAAAGACAAGUCAUCAAUAAAGUCAGCCAUCUUUUAAUAUUAUAAACCAGUUAACCAUCCGAAGGAUUCUUCCAGAUCUUAAGCUCUUGGAAGCAAGCGACUUAAGUAUACAAAUUCUUUAAACUGUUUAACGGUUAGUAAUGAUUUGCAUUUUGGACGGUUGACCGUAAAAAUCUAUCCUCUUUGACUGCUGACGGUUAAACUCCGUCGAAACCCUCUUGCAAAUGCUCAUGUUACAGUUUGAAUUUUACUUAACAAAUGCGUUAUCGAAUCACGACGUAAGAUUACUCUAUACAGAAUCGUGAACUAAUUUAAAAACUUGUUGCGCACGGAGAGGAGUGCAAAAGUGGUACUUUAAAGUAAUCCACAUAAAACCAAAACAAUACUUACCAUAGUUGAAUGAUAAUAGUAAAUAUAUAUACGUAUAGGUAGUAACAUGACUUCGAGUGCAAUUUAGUGUAAACAAGUACGAGUAAAUUUUUCAAAGACAACAAAAUUGCACGAGCCCGUAGGGCGAGUCCAAAUUGUCGUCUUAAAAAAUAUACAAGUGCUUAGAUGCACCAAAUUGCACUCAAACUUAUGUUAUUACUUAUUAAUAAUUAACAGGAAAAAAUCUCCCCGAAAAAUCAAGACAGACAAAAUAUUUUUUGCCCUUUGUGUUACAACUUUGCAGUCGUGUUACAUGAAGAAUGCACUCGUUUUCAGCUAAUCAGAAGCGCGUAAUUUUUCAUGUGUAUCAUUAUUGUACCUAGUAAGUAUUAAAACAGGAUAUAAUAUUGCACAAAGAGAUGAUUUUGACUCAUUUAUUUUCCAGUGCUAUUCCCGCGCGUAUUGCUGGGAGGUGGAUAGCAAAAGAAAUCCUUCAAGGAUACGCUUAAGAAUACCACUUCUGUCCGCCUGUGCCUCUGUUAUGUUCUUUUUAAAUUUUUUAAGACUCUGUUAGUCUUACAUCGUGAUUCGAUGAACAAUUUUUAAAGUUAAAUUCAAACUGUAAUGCGAGCAUUUGGAACUGAAGUGGGGUGAACCGAAAGGGUACCAGCAAUGUCGUAAAAUGUUUCGCAAACUUAAAAAUGUUUGUUUCAUGCGACACCUUUUUAUGAAUGCUUUUUAUUUUAAGCAUUUGACCGAAGGUACACCGCUCUUCAUAUUUGCCUCGUUUUCAAAUCUGCCCCGACAGGCUGAAGAUACUAUUUAAAAAGAUAUCGGAAUUUCAGAUACAAAUAAGAUCAAUUUACUAAGGUAAUGGUAAUAAGCUAGCUACUUGAUAUUUCUAGAAUAGGACAAAAAUACUGACAUCAGCAGUCAGGUGACAUUCCUUAUCAUCAUUUUUUCAAAUAUUUCACAUCUACUCACUUGACUGUGAAAUCUCCUUUAAUUUUUAGUCGCGUUCGCUUAUCCAUCAGGAGCUAAAAGGACAAUUUAGAUCGGGGCCUCGUUUCCAUGUUGAAAUAUAGAGCGCGUGACAAAAAAGCUCUCUAUUUUGUAACGCAUACCACAAUUCAACUCUACGAACUACCACACGUUGAUCAAGUGGUAUUUCUCCAUCAGUCAGCCCUUUUCUUUGGCGAUGGUUAAACGACUGAAACUUUCUUUAUUUCGGUAUCUGCGUCCUCACACUACAUUUGUGUUAUUAGGUACGUGGAGAGAGAAUUGAAGGAAAAGGAAGAUACAAUAGAGGCGAAUAAAGAACAGUUAAAACUGGUGGAAGAGGAGUGAGAACACCUAAAUUUAUAUCCUAAUAAGUAAAAUAGUCACUUUUAAGAUCUAUAAAAUUGGCCUCUAAACUGCCAUGGUUAGUGUUCCUCAAAACCAGCACUCCUAAGAUUCAUUUAACUUACUUGUGGAGCUCUAUAAAUAGGAGACUAUGAUCACCCAUUUGGCCGACAAAAUUUGUUCAUGAUCUUAACCGUAAUUCCCACUUCCGUACAUCUAGUUUGUAAGUAGCCUUGGUUAUCUGCUUAUUACGCAUGGAAGCCAAAGAAGUAAAGAAAAAAGUUUGUUUUACUCUUCGUCUCCACUGAGAUAAGAAGUUCUGAGCUUCAAACGAAGAGCAAAGAUAUGCCUAAGAGUACUAGAUCACAAUUAAAGGUACAUCAAAGUGGUUUAAAGAACGAAAAAAAUCUUGAAAGAAUGAAAUUUUAAAGAUUUUCAACUGAGUGUUGAUAUGCCUAUGAUAUGACUAUGUUGUAACUGAAUAAUUCACGUUAUUCAAAUAUCUUUCGACAUUUUCAAUGCAUUGGUAUAUUACCCAAGCGAAUGUGCCACCCUUGCAACCUCAAAGAAAUUCAGAAUUCUUGACUUGAAAUGAAACUCUUCAAUCUGAUUACGAGACAUUUUUCUUUAAAAUUUUAACGUGAAAUUUUGUCUAAAGGUUUCCAUUUAAACGACGUACAUUUGAAACUAGACAAAUCCAUAACAGCAAAAUGGCAAAGGGUAGCACAACUGUUACAAACAAAUUUCCUGGCUCUAAAUUAAAAUUUCAGAUAUUAACACAGUUAUUGUUUCCAUAGAUUAUAAAUGUAUUUAAGCUGCCCCUAAAUUGCAUUUCGCAAAUAAAUUUCAUGCGGCAAAAAUUGUUAGGUUGAGGUGCUUUAGCUGAUACUAAUGUCAGAAUGCCUAAUAAUUGCAUUCCAGAAAUAAGUGUUGGCAAAAACAAUUUUGAUGCUUUAGGAUUUACUUUACGAGAAACAAUGUGAAGAGUGCUAUUUAGUUGGUUUUAAUCAUAAUUGUACGGUAUAUGAAUAAGCUCUUUCUUUUCUUAGGAAUCUGAAACUCAAAGAAGAAUUGAAGAAAAAGGAAAAAGAGGCAAAGGAGAAAAUUACAAAGCAAGAGGAAAGGUAAAUUCUCAAAUUAUAUAAUUUAAAAUUUGUUUACAUUUCACUGUAUUUUCAUAACAUCUAACUAGUGUAAGUUGAAUUUGAGACAGCAGGGGAGCAGCGAGUCUAAUCUUAACGGCAAAAAGAGUAUGAACGUGAGUAAGUCCUUCACAUUGGCCUUCCAAACAUUAUCUCUCUGAAUUUAUUUAACACUUUUAGUCAUGUUCCGAAAUCAGACAUAGUUAUGUACGUCAGUUUGGUGCUAAUAACAUUAUUAGAAAAUGGACUUGCAGUUGCUAUACAUCUGGUAGAACUUGUUGAUCCUCGGAAACUUAACAUGGCCUUAAAAUUAUUAUGUCUUACACUCCCACAUGCAGUUUUGUAGCGCAUUAGAUAGCAGCACCCAACUAGCAUCCGGGAGUUACAGGUUCGAAUCCUGUCGUAACUUAAAUUUCUUCAGGCUUCUUUUCUUCAAUUUCAAUAAUUGUAACUCAUCUGCGAGGAAUUUUUAUUUUCCUGAGUAUAAGUCCAACAUGAUUGGGUGUUAAAAACCAACCAGUCAGUAGAGAGGCAUUUUAUACAUUUUUGUUUGAUGCGAGUAACCGCUGGUAUGUGCUUGCGUCGGUUUCCCGCUAAAGACUAGAAGAGAAGCAGGAAGAUACGUCGCAAAAUAACAAUGGAUCGAGUAUUUGACAGAACCUUUCUUAUCAUGUUUCCCUCUGUAGCUUUGAUGGAAGCGUCAAAGUCUUAAAAUUGUUUUGUGGUGUGCGGAAGGAAGUGAUUUUCAAGUCAGCUAACGACUUCGAGUCUCGUUUUAUGAUUGUUUGGGCGAUCGAUGUCGAUGACGUCAUUUAUGAAGGAUGCAGGAGGCUUGUUGAAGAGCAUAGACGUAUUGGAUAGUACGUUAAUCGUGUUAUUGCUCUCUUUUAAAGUAACCGUUUGAUCGUUCGAAGUUCUCACUUUCCUGUAAGCGUUUUGUAGAGCUUUAACUGUUAGUGCAAUUUACUUUCAAUUUAAGCGAGAGACGAAAGACGAACGACGAAAGUUUUCAGAAAAGUUUUUUUUGACAUGAAUCACAACCGGCGGGGCCGAUUACCAAAAAAAAAGGUCAAUGUCGAGUAAAGAAAAGCAAGAUAACGUUUCUUCUACAGAUAUGGUCGUCAAACCAAAGGAGAGCUUGUUAGAAAUGGAGGAAUAAUUAAAGAUUUUAUCAGAGUAAAGAAACUUUUUUGAAUCAUUAGUCUCGGAAAUAUCAUCAGUUUAUGGUCAAUGAUGCGACAAAUGUCAUCAAAAUUUGAUGACUUAAUUUUGGUCAAACUACCCGUAAGCCUAAACAGAUGAUCGAGAAUUGCACCAUGAGUGGAGAGGUGUGUACCAAGACAUUUGUUUCGAUUAACACAUGAACAUAAAGAAAACGAUACAAGUUUUAACUCAUGAUACAAAGCCCAUUUUUUUUGAAGUGAAUGAACUGGUAAGACCGAAAGCUAAGUAAACAAUAAACUGACAGUGGUGAGGGAUUGGGGGGCCUUUUGAUAAACAAGUUUUACCGUGGUUAUUCCCCUGGUAAGCACUUCAAGCCCAAAUAGGCAAUUAGAAAAAUUCCCACCAGAACACAACAAAAAAUAGUGUAAAACCGGUGAUGAUUGAGGCAUGACUAUAACCGUCGUUAAGACGCACGCCUACAAACCAUGUACAACAGACCUGGAGAGCUAAGAGACCAAAGACGGUUGUGAGCCAUUACUUGGAAAUCCACCUAAACCUCCCGAAAACGAAUUCGCCAAAGAUUGUAGUAAGAGCAAUGCAAUCCUGAAGCGUUGUGUCCUAUGUGACUACAAAGAGAAAGGAAGGAAGCCUGGGGCGACCUCGAACUUAACGCAAUUUUAUUUCGAAGUUGAAGCAAAAUUCAAAGUAUCUUCUUUCUUCGUAACAAAUUUCUCACGAUCGUCUCCAAAAAAGAAAGGUCGUGAUUAAUAGAAGUAAGACAUCGACAUCUUUAGACUUACUUUAAAGGCUUGUUGUCUCAUGUGCACAUCUUGAUCUUCAGGAAACAAAAUCUCAAACUUCAAAAUUUCAGCCUUUUUUCGCGUUUUGUUCGCGCUUUGUCCUCAAAAGUAUCCUCAUCCGAAGAGCCAGCAAACACCAUGAGUAUCUACAGAGUUAGAAAUGGUGAUGAACUCGGCAUGUUCUUUCAUCCCUUUUCAAAAAUUAUGAGAAAAAAGUGGCCAUAGCCUAGUUGAAAACCCGCGGAAGCGCGCUGAAAAGACAAUGGCGCUGAACGGCCAAAAUUUGAAUUGAUCUCGCGCAUGCAUGGACAAAAGGCCUCUCUGCUCAACCAGUCACAGAGGAGCGUAUCCUCCCUUAGAUGACACCAAACAUGUCAAUCACCCGACCAAACGACGCGAUUCACGUGGCAAAAGAUAAUGUUCCAAUGAUGUUGUUUUCAUGAAUGACAAUUAUAGCGGAGCUCGCAGAGCGUAGCCCCAUAAUUAUAAAAAAUAGUAGUAACACACCAAGCCGAAAAAAUUUGGACUUACGACCGUACGACCAUACAAGAUGCCACUUCUAACAUGCGUGGUCAACUGUAUCGCGGGCACACAAACGCUACGGCUUUGUCCAGUAGUCUAGUGGUCAGUGCCCUGAGCUCCGAGUCGGCCGACCAGGAGUCUAGUCCUGGCCGGGGCAAGGCGUUGUGCCCUUAAGACGUGCGGGAAAAAAAAUGCGAGCUCCGCUUUUAGGCUUGGCUAAAUCUAUAUAUCAUUUAUUACGAUAUUAGCGCAAGAUUUUGGUUUGCAAAUUGCAGAUUGAAUUUAAGCUGAUGAUAGCUUUUCCAUGAAAUCCUUCUCGUUUGGUACUUUUCUUUGACUUGACUUAUCAAGUUUGCUUAUCUUCAGAAUCGCGAGACUCGAAAGUGAACAGGAGAAGAAGGAAAGGCAGAUUACAGAAAUAACGAGAGAAGAAAAGGAAAGGUGAGUGCCAAGUAAAAGCUAAGCCUAAUCGCUAUUUUGUGCGCUUAGAAUUCGUUCUGGCAAUACAGAAAGCCUAGAUUUUGUUACAUCUGAGCUCCUGCCUAUUUGAGAGGGUUACCAUAUGUACUGUUAAAAUUUACCAAAACACACGAGAUCAGAAUAAGUUGUUCUACUUUUGAAUCUUUUUUCACAAAAAUGACGCUCUUCUUAAGGAACUCGAAAAGAGGGAGGAGGAAAUUGCGAAAUAUACUCAGAUGUAAGUUAAAAGACAAAUUUUAACUCACCUAGUUUUGUAGAUGCCGUGCUCGCUCCACGAAUCUUAAUUCAAGAGAAAGACUCUGUUCAAAUUCCAGGCAAAAUCCCUGCUCAGUUAAAGCAAACAUUGAUUUAUGGCUGGAAUUAUUGCCCCAGCAGCACUCGUUCUAAUGUGUAUCUGCGGGGUCACAUGACCACCGUUCCACGUGAGCAGAGCGUAAUUGAAGGUGGCGUGACAUUCCUACUUUGCAGCAUUUCUAGCUUUCGUACACGUUUUUGUUUCCCAACUAAAAUACAUUCAGAUGCUCAAAUUAGGCUAAUCAUUCCCCCACAAGUAUCCACAGAGUUAGAAAUGGUGGUAAACUUGGCAUAUUCUGCCAUCCCUCUUCAAAAAUUAUGAGAAAAAGGUGGGGAUAGCCCAGUUGAAAACCCGUGGAAACACGCUGAAAACAUCAGAACGGCGCCGAAUGGGAAAAAUUUGAAUUAAUCUCGCGCAUUCGCGGACAAAAAGCCUCUCUGCUCAACCAGUCACAACGGAGCGUUAUCCUUACUUAGAUGACACUAAACCAGUCAAUCACUCGACCAAAACGUCUCGAUCCACGUGGGAAGAAAUUCCAUUGAAACCCAAGUGAUGUUGUUUUAACAAAUGACACCAAUGUUUACUACAGUAUAAGAUUUUGCUUUGUAAUUUGCAUAUUGAGCUCAGUCUGAAGAUAGCUUUCCCAUGAAUUCCUUCUCGUUUAGUGCUUUUCCUUGACUUGACUUAUCAAGUUUGCUUAUCGUCAGAAUCGCGAGACUCGAAAGUGAACAGGAGAAGAAGGAAAGGCAGAUCGUAAAAAUAACGAGAGAAGAAAAGGAAAAGUGAGUGCUCACUAGAAGCUAAACCUUGUUGGCGGGAUUUUGAACGUUUCGUAAAUUUAGGGUGACUCUGAAACCCUUUCCAGAAGAGACGAGCUAAUAAAUUAGGACUGAAAUCUUACUGUGGAAGAAAGGAUUUUCCGUGAUGAAGGGAUAGUUUGAGUCAUUGGUAAUUUAUUGGUGAAAAUAGUUUACAAUGUAAAUGAUUUACAUGUAAAUGAUAAUGGUAAUUCUUAGACAGCAGAUGAAUAGUGUAUUUAUGAAGUUGACUAAUCUGUUUAUGUCUUCGCUAGUUAACAGUGAUUAAUUUUUUUUAUUUAAAAUGAGAUCUUUAAUUCUUUAUUGCUAGAACUGAAGGCCUGGCGAAUGAACAUCAGAAGGAGGUCGAUAGAUUGUUACGCGAAAUACAGGCAAUGAAAGAAAAGUAAGUCUAUAUCAACUGUCUGAUUGAAUCAGUAAAAUCGGCUUGGAAUAAACAAAAAUUGAGUCUUGUAUCCAGUUCUAGCUGCCUUUUUUGUUAAUGUACAUUUUUUACUCAUUAACAUCGAUUUUACUUGACCGGUAUUCUAAAGUUGGACAGGGUUCUGGAUGAAAAUUCUCUUCGUCUUGGCUGUAGUUGUCCAUCGCAAAAUCUUGACGCUUUUGAGGUCAAUUUGUGUUGAGUCUAUUUAAAUCAGAUCUUACAGCAGAUUUCACGCCUAAAAAAAAGGAUUUCAAUCAUUUCUUGACUGAUCUUAAAGUUUAUUGUAGAAAAGUGACUAUAUCCAGAAAAUGUAUGAGGACUACAACAAGAAUCUUGCAGAUCAUAAAUUCAGGCUUGAAUGCCAAAUUAGAUUUAAAACAAUUAUUCUUAGCAUUUUUUCUCGUGAGGGAAAGAAGGCACUGAAGGUAAAUGAAUACUGCUGCAUAUGGAUCAUUUUAAAAUAUCUGUUGCUUCAGAGGCAAAUAAUCAGAGUCAUCCAUUUUAUUCAAGAGUCUGUAUUCAGCUAAAACAUUGGAAGAGGAAUUUCGAUCGUUUCCGGGUGGAAAUAUGUAAUUGGGUUGAAGAGAAAUCUCGCCAGUGUACAUUUUGUGCGCUUAGAAUUAAUUCUGGUAGUACAGAAAGGUUAAAUUUUUGCAUGACAGGACGGAAAAUGCGUGCACUGUAAGUACCUCCCGUUGUCCCAUACAAAGCCUUAGAAAACUUUUCUAAGGCUUUGUAUGGGACAACGGGAGGUACUUACAGUGCACGCGUUUUCCGUCCUGUCAUGUAAGCAAUUAAACUGGGGCCGAUGGUGAGUACAUUUGAGCUUCUGCUUAUUUGAGAGGGUUACCAUAUCUACUGAUAAAAUUUACAGAAACACGCAAGAUCAGAGUAAGUUGUUUUGCCUUUGAAUCUCUUAUCUUAGAAAUGAAACUCUUCUUAAGGAAAAGGAGGAGGAAAUCACGAAACAUACUCAGAUGUAAGUUAAUAGACAAAAUUAUAAUAUAUUAAUCGCCUUUCUUAUGACCUUUACAUGGUUAUGUUUAGUGCUUCUGCGAAUCAGCACUGUCAAGACUCAUUAAACUUGCCAUUUGCUAGCAGAGCUCCUGGAAUAAGAGAAUAUUGUUACCCACCAAGCAGAAAGAGUUUGUUCACGACGGCAUGUUCGUGGUUCGCACUUCCGCUCUAGUAGUUCGUAAGUUCAUUGUGUAUCUGCUUGGUGCGCACGCAUGUAAUCUGCUCUGAUAAACUUUUAAGGUUUUUUAGAUGGAGAGCAAAGAUAUGCCGAAGAGUAAUCGAUAUUAAAAAAGAGUAUACAUCUUAGCUGUCUAAAGAACGAGCCCUUUGUUAUUUCUUUACUUUUCUGGUAUGUAAUUAGGCUCUUUCCUUCUUUAGAAACUCAAAACUGAGAGAAGAAUUGAAGGCGAAGGAAAAAGGGGCGAAGGAAAAAGUUAAAAUGCAAGAGGAAGAGUAAGUUUCCAAUAUUUACGAUUUGAAUUCAGUUUGAGGGGAGCAGCGAUUCUAAUCUUAACGGCCAAAAGUCAGUUAAGUUUAUCGACUGAGUCCUCUAUAUCGGCCUAACUCCAAAGAUUAUCACUCUGAAGUUAUUUUAGACUAAUCGUACCUUCCGAAAUCAAGCGGGGUCCCGCUGGCGCAAACUUGAUUCUAGACUUACUUAUACAUAUCUGUUUGGUGCUAAUAACCUCAUUAGUCGAUCGACUUACUGGUAAUCAGUCAUUUGCUCCAAAAUUAAAAAAAUUCAUGGAUCCCCGGAAUAAAAAGGUGACCUAGUGGUGAUUAUAAAAACUAUAUAGUGUAAACUAUUAUGAUGAUCUCCGUUCUUAUCCGACUUGAUUAGUGCAUAUUUUUUACGGAAUAUUUUACAUGAUAUCUUACAACACAGGGAACAAUGACUGUUAAGAUGGCGAUAUUCUAUUGAGAUAAUGCUAACAUUUACUAUAAAAAUGACAAUUAUAGCCAAAAAGUUCUCUGAUGAAGGCUAGAUGAAUGACAUUAUCAUGUGAAGGGGCAAGUUUUACAACUUACUGUUUAAGUGUCGCUGUUCUUCCGUUUUAAACUAGUACUGUUUACUUUUAUUAAUCCCCCCCCCAAAACAAAAAUGAUAAAAAAGUAUUUUAUAAAGUAGCUUAACAUUUUACAAUCCAACAAAUAAAUUUGCAUUUUGUCCAUCGCAAGACAAAAGACGAUACCCCAUUUAUGCUUUAUUAAAGAAUAUUCAUAACCUUUGUUGAGCUGGUAGAGCAGUAUUUUGGUUCGUGAUGUUCCGAUUGACUGCAAUCUGUUGAUAGCAUUUCCGCUGAUAGACUUCAAUGAACUUCACGUUUGGUGUUUUACUUUAGCUCAGCCUGUUGCAUGCUCUGAUUUCUUAUCGUUACAAUUAUGAGAUUUGAUGAAGAAGGAAAGGCAGCCGAGUUUGGAAACAGCGAGGGUAGAGGAGGAAAAUUGAGUGCUUGCCAGAGUUCACACCUUUUUGAUAGGAAUUUGAAUGUUCCUUUAAUUUGGGGUGGCUAAGAUUAGAUUAAAAUGGAGGUUUUUGAUAUGGUGAAGGCAUAUUUAAUAAUCAUUAGGCGUAUUUCGAUGGCAACAAUUUAUCCUCAGAUGGUAGCAAUAAUUCGUAAACAGCAAAUUGAUCCUGAACUGGCAGUGCUGUUAACGGUUUUGACGCAUUUUGAUGUGCUUUUGUCUCAUUCUUCAUAUAUAGAGCGCACAGAAGCCUGAAUUCAGCUAAUUUAGUUUAGAGCGGAACAGGUAUUUUGAUUGUUUUGGAAAAAAUAUGUAGCAGGGUUGCAAAGAAAUCUCGGCAGUGUACAAAUUACGCGUUUAUUAUUAAUUCAGAUAAUAGGUUACACUCAAAUUAAAGGUACAAACAAAUCGCGGCAAUUUUGCGUACAUUAGGGCUUCUGGCUGCUAAACCUAUAUGCGAUAGUUUCCAUUUCCACCGAAAAUUUGUAUACAAAACACAUGAAUUCAGAUUGAGGUGCCAUACUUUUAUACUUCUUAUUACAGAAAUGACAUUCUUCGAAAGGAACUUGCAGAAAAGGAGGAGAAAAUCAUCCAGUAUACUCAAAGGUGAGGUAAUCAGUAAAAAUGUAAGUUACCUUGCGUGGAGUUACAAUAUUUCCCGCCAAAAGUCUCCGAGCGAGCAUUUUUGCAAAAUCUAUCUCGUCAGAGGGUAACAGAGUACCGAUACUAGCGAUUGUCGACCGACGGACGCGAAUAGAACGUGAUUGAAGGUGGCGUGACAUAUAAAUACUGCAGCAUUUCUUGGUUUUUGUACGUUAUGUUUUUUUCCCCCACUAAAAUGCUCUGUUUUACUUUAAAAAAGUUACUCAAAUGCUCAAAUUUCUCUUUUCAAUGUUUUCAUUUCGAGCAUUUUAACAGAGUGUUAAAAUGCUAAAAUCAAUAGGGAGUGUAAGUCGUAUUGCAACAAAUCUAGAAUGAAUAAAUGUUGAGAUAAUUCCCUGGUAUUGCGUGUCGUAUUCAUGACUGCCUUUGGCUCUUGAGUCUUAAGUAUUGAAUUUUGAAACCUUGAGCCGGAGUAUCAGGGUGGCAACCGUGACACUUGAAAUGCGUUUAAAUUUCAAGUUCUCUAAAAAAGAAAUUUUUCUUUAUUUUCACUGAAAAUAAUACCAAAAUGAUCGAGUAAUAGUUAAUACUUGUGCCUGACUAAAAUGCUCAAAAAUUAAGAGCAUAAUGUCCACAAGCCUAAAUAUUUUGCGCUUCAAUGGGCUUAUGUAGCUGGCUCUGCUCACGGAAACACUGAUAUUCUCGAGAAAAAAAUCAAUUCCUUCUCUCGGGGCCAGUUGUUUGAAGCAUAUCGCGCCUGUAUCAUCAAUUCUCAUUGAGCUACCUAUUUAAAGUUUAUAGAACGUAAAAAUAUUCUAAAAACCCCUUAUUUUCGUUCAAAAAACGCGUUACUUCGGGUCGAAAUUGUCUCAGAGAUCGACGGCUAAAAUUUCAUAUGGUUUACGUCUGUGACGUUAUUGUGUUUGAUGAGCAAACUAAGAUGGCUGAAAGCGAAGGGAAACGCGAAAUUAUACAGAGCGGGUCAAAAAUAAGCGGUAUUAGCUAGCAAAUUGCUUGUGAAUUUAAAUUGUUUGAAAGAGAUAUGACAAGACGGCGUCCCAAGACAGCAAUGUUAUCAAACGCUGUGACGUCACAAACCUAAAUCUCGUCUUUAGUUUCCCGGGAUACUUUAUAGGGAUAUUGCCCGUGUUUCGGCCACAAUUAUUCAUUUUCAAAUCAUUAUUCGUUUAUUACAUAUAUCAGGGAAGAAAAAUAUGCAAAUACAAAUUUUUCUUCAUGAACACAAGUAAUAUAAUACAAUUUUUUGAUCAGUUUUUUGGAUAUAGACUUUGUAAUAAACUGUUUGUUUGGCUUUGGUUUCAGUUCCUUGGUAGAAAUUACUUAAAUAAAGAGAAUUCGUGCGAAGUUUUUUGAUAGUGACAAUUUUGAGAGUUUAGUUAUUAUGUUAAAACUAUUCUGUUAAACUCAAAUAUUACACUGUUUGUGAUUAUGCAAUUUUAACACAUCUUCAAUAAUACUUGUAACUUUCUUAUCUAUGUUUUUUAACUAUCAUGUUCUCUGCUAAUAUUCUCUAUUUUAAUGAACAAGUCAAGACGCUUUGUACUGUGUUCUGUUGUAAAGCACACAGUUAGAGGCUAGAGCGCGAAAGAAGUAUAAGUAGAAACACAUGGCGUGGUGGAGUAUCUCUUCCUACUUCUUUCGUGCUCCAGCUGCUUCAUGUGUGCUUUACAACAGAACAGAGCACAUAAAUAAAGAAUUCUCCAAAUUCCCCACGCGUUCCUUUUGUUUUUAGAACAAACUUUCGUUUUAAGAACAAAACUUCCAGAGAGAAGAAAAGCGUUGUCAGCAUGAUUUAUACUCCUUUAUAAUAAAGUUCGGAUAUAACGCGCGCUGUCAUUGGUUGAAAGAGCGUGCUCUAUGAGAAUUUAUAUAAUAAGCUCAGUUAUGUACGCAUUCUGAUUGGUUCUCACUUAUGAUCUAUUGGAGGACAGACGUAUAGAUGACGUCUUCAUUAAAACUUUUUUUUCCGUAUAUUUUAAUUCUUUAUUAUAUAAAACAAAUAGCUUGGCACGGCAACUUGGAAUCUAUUUGUUAAAUAGAGCAUAGAACUGAGCUAAAGCUGUCACGCCAUCUGCCAAAUUAUACUAUGUUCGACCUUUUCCGGGACUUCUCUUUAGCUUUUUUCCGAUAAUUGAAAGUGAAAUUUCGGAACUGAAGCGAGCCGGAAAGUAGCAACAGAAGAACCAAACAAAGGUUUGUAAACAUACCAGGCGCCGUAAUUUAAGUUAUUAAAACGUGAGCAGAUACGAAAAUCCUCAAAGGAAAAACAAAAUAGACAUUCCUUGUUUCAAAGAUUUUCACGCUCAGUUAGAUUGCAAGCGUAAGUACGAUAAUAAAAAUCAAACACAGCUAACACUCGUAUAGUAUAUAAAAUUCAGAGUUAAAAAACAAAACAGAACAAAACAGAAAUGAUGAAAAAUAUAACCAAACUGGCAUACCUGUUAAAAUUCAUACUAAUCAUGACGGUGUCUUAGAAAAUAUGAUCAUGCUGAAGUCCAUCGCGGCUCGCUUAUCAUGGCAAUCUCCGGUCAUCACAGUGAAACAAGCCUCAGAAACUACAUCGGCCGCCCUUCGAGUGAAAAAAUAAGAUGUCGCUCUGAUAUCCUUUCCGAUGCGUUGAGUGGAAAGUCACUUUAGUCACUGCAGCCGAGUUUUGCGGCGCUGUCAUCCCGAGCGAUCUUCAUGUUCCGGUGAAUUCGGCUGUCGCUCAUUUAAAAACACUCGCCUUGAACAGUUUGUUUUCUACCUUGUCAUGUGAAAAACUCGCGUUUUUUAUGAGCCAUAAUUCGGCUGAAGUUCACUGAACAUCAUGAUUUCACUUCAAGAUUCUGUAUUAGAGACUUAAAAACUUCAGGCAAAAGCGUUAAAUUCGACCUGCCGAACAAUUUUAGUUUGUAAACUAUCGCAGAUUGUGAACUUUGAUGGUUUGACACUUUUGACAGCUUUUGUCUUAUAGAGCCAAUCAGAUUAUUUGAACCAUUCUAACAGGGAUUCUGAUUGGCUUAUUGUAGCGUGCUCUCUGAGAGUAUAGAGCAUGCUGACGACACUUGUUCGCUUUGGAAAUAAAGUUCGUUUUGAAAAUUGAAAGUAAUGUAUGGGGAAUUUAACGGAUUCUUUAUUAUAAAACAAAUAGAGAAGCCUUGACUGUGCUCUGUUCUGUUAUAAGUGAAGUCAAGAAGUGGGGCUCGUUUUCAUAUUCAUUUUACAGAUCAUGCAAUAUUUGUGGGUCAAUUAACAAAGAAAAAAAAGCUAGAGAGUUCCGGGAAAUGGACGGAAACAGAUGGCGUAGAAGCUUUAGCCCCGUGUUUUGUACUCUGAUAAAACGCCUUCUUUAGGAUAAGUGAAUCUGCAUCUGUUCUUCUUGGACUUCAGCAAACUUUUUUUGUUUUGUUAACUCUUUCCGCUUACAAUCGCUUUGUAUUUAAUGUUAACGAAGAGUAAUUAUUAAUGUAACUUUUGGACGUCGGGGAAAUGGUGAGGGCGCUUGCCUCCCGACCCAACUGCUUUGCCGUGUUGGUCUCUCUUUACCGUUCAGAUGUGCAACCUUUUUCUGCUUGCCUCAUAAGCCCAACCAUAAUCUGAUGAAUAAUACUAGAGACUCCAUUAUUUUUUUUUUCUCCUGAAGGCUGGCUUUUCUUACUGAAAAGCAAGUUAAGCAAGUUCAGAGAUUAGUGGAAGAUACCACCUCCGCUAACAGACAGUCUGAACUGGAAAAAAAUUUCUCAGCAUUUUUUGACAACGAAAGGCUUGAUGCAUGUGAUAAAAUGCAGUCCAUUUAUCAGAACAAGGAAGAAGUUCAUCUAUACAUCUACUAUCCUAGACUAGCCUGCAUCAUAUUUGAGGUAAGGUGAUUAAGUCUUUGAACAAGAAAAAUGAAUAGGAGAAAAUGGGGAGACAGAGGGGAAGGCUCUCAUUUGAGGCCUUAGUUGAUGUUAAACCCCGUUCAGGUCAGGUUCACUUGUAAAUUUCCCAGAAAAAACUGAAAUGGAAUGUCAAAUCUUGGGAUCAAUAUCAGUAUCUGGGCAACUGCCCACCUACCCCUCCGCUAACUCAACAACAGUCAAUAGACAACAAGUUAAGGUUAAUGUUGGGUUAGGGGAGAAGUAGGGGUAGGGGUAGGUGGGUAGUUGCCCAGAUACUGAUAUUGAUCCAGAUCUUGAUUCUUCAGUUUCACUUCUUUUUCAUCAGAAUUCUUAUCAGGAAAUGAAAAUAACAAACGAAAACCAAACAAAGUAAACCACGACUGGGUGUUUCUGAUCACUACUACACCUCAACGCAUUAUUGACUCACUUCUGUGAUACACGUAUAACAAAUACCACUAAGUUUCCUUUUUUCCCUCCACUCUUUUUUUUUUCAAUUCUGAAAUGUCUUGUUUUGGAGCAAAUGCAUGCUAAAUUUAUCACGGUCAUAAAAAUUAAGAGUUUUGCGCUUAUUUGAGCAUCGGUGGGUCCAGUGGAAGAAAAUUGAAACAACACUGAAAGAAAUAAAAUUUCAAUACUUUAAAUAAGAUAGAUAAAAAAUAAUGUCGAUUUGAGCAUAACCAAAGACAAAGGAACAUAGUUUUUAAUGGCUUCAAGGCAAUUGAACACAAGUGGGCUACACAGCUGUGUACCUACGUAGCAAGUUGAUGGUCAUACGCAAGCACAUAAAGGAAAACGCGGCAUAUAACAUCGGACACUUCGUUUUCAUUUAGACGUUCGAUAAAAUUAUGUAACAAAAACCAGAGAUUAUAAACUAAGAGAACUUAUCCCCGUGACCAAUGGUAAUGCUUUAAAGUGUAGUUUUAAUUUCGCACCACGCCUGGAAGUUAUUCUUAUUUAUACCUCCCAUGGUAACGCGGUUUAUUACACCCAUUUUAAAAUCACUGGUUGUACCUGUAGUCUGAUUGGCUCUAAUUGGUGUGAUUUAUUCACGAAUCGCACUAUUUUGUGCUUUUAAUCGCUUCUUUUUCCCAGCCAAUGAAGAGGUCACACUAAAAACAAAACAAUCAGAUUUCAAGGCUUUUUUAAAGUAAAUUGCAGGAAAAUGAAAGACAAAGAGUAUCAUGUGGCAAAUUUUGCAACUUUUGUUUCCAAAACUCCUAUUUUUUCCCCCCGAAAAAUGGAUGAAUUUAAUUUCAAAUCGGCUCAGUACUGCAUCAGUAAAAUAUUUGAACUGACCGAGUCCUGUAUUUGGGCAAUUUUAAAGUGGAUGUAAAAAAGUGGUAAUGGAACCUCGUGACGUUCAAUUUUGAUCUGAAAUCAUACAUGUGAUUUCAAAUCGAACUUGCGCUGCGCGCUCGCUCGAUUUUGAAAUAACGCGUAUGAUUUCAGCCCAAACUGCACUCCACUCAGUUCAAUUACCAUUAUUAACGAUCUCGACACCAUCUCUCUUUGCGUUUUUCGGUGUUCAAGUUUUAAAUCAGUUUUCAAAAAAUGUAACCGCUCAUUAUCGAAACAAAUCUACAAAUGUUUGCCUCACCAUUCGAAUACUUACCAUUAUUGAUUUAUAGGUACACAGAUGUAUGAAUCUUCAAAAUAUCGUGCCUAACUGAGGUUCUGGCUCGCUUAACGUCUGCUAUUGAAUUGACGUUUUUUAAUUUCUCGCACACGUCUGGAGCUCAUUAACACAAUGUCUUCUAUCAAACUCGCCACCAAUUCAUGAAAGUAAUAGGCCAUUGAGCUAACCGAAUUUAGCUAGAAGCUAGUCAAUGCCGCUUAGCAAAAUUCAAGGUUAGAAAUCAGUGUAUUGGCUGCGAGAUUGAACCUUUCCUCUAAAUCGCGCCAUUGCCACAUAAAUGGAUGUUUCAAAUUAAUUCAAAUUGAUUCUUCGCAAAAUAUUUCUACUUUCAACAACCCAUUUAAACACUGAGCUCAAUAAAUUUGUCGGACUAGGUUGCGUAAUUCGAUAAGAAAUCGCCUUUAACUGUUGCUCAGACUAAUAACUCACUAUCGAUUAUUCAUCACCAUCGACUAGUUUGUAUUAAUGUUUUAAUUUUCUGUCAAACCAUGGGGGCUCUUGUAAACAGUCAUUCGCUAUUUAAUUCUCUACCAAAUUGAAAUGAGUCUUUCUCUUGGUCGAGGGUCGAGGUAUAAAGUCACAUAGCUACCCACGCAUAGAGGUCAGCAAUUAACGGCAUUGAUUUUCAAAAGUAAGGAAUCAUCAAGAUCGAGCCGGGUCGCUUUCUGUAUUCUGGGAAAUGUGCUUUGUCGCGCAUUUCGAUAACUCGUGAGCAAGAUAUUCAGUUCGUCCAAUCAAACCUCCUGUUGAAAUACCUUCCUCCCAUGCUAACUUUGGAGACACUCACUCUUUAAUUGCUUUCUAUAUUCUGUUUUUAUUUAUCGAUCAACUUUCUGAUAAGCUGGUAUAAUCAUGUUAUUUGAUUACAGUACUUCACAUCAUUCAGUAAUCCUACAGUGAUAUUACUAGCAUUGCCCCAAGUACUUUUCCACUACAUUACACAUGAAAUAUUUCACCACAGAACCAUUAGUUCUCUCAGUUUAUCUUCACUUGAACAAAAACUAUUUUAGAUCAGAAGUCAACAUGGGAUAUCUAUAAGACACUGAUCGGUAUGCAAACAUCCUGGUGCUAAUUGCAGGUCUUUUCUACCCAUAAGAUAGUUGAAAAGUACCUUUAGAAUUAAGAUGUAGCCAACAUAACGCCAUGUUGGUGCCUCUAUAAAAAAAGAUAUGAAGUCGCAUGUAUCAGUUGCAAGAGUGUGGUAGACUUGUGAGAUGUGACCAUGGUAAGCGUUACCCGGAGGCGACAAAAAUACGGACACUUCAUAUGGGACUCUUUCAUAACCACGUCCCCCUCUGACAAUUGGCUUCUGGUGCCUUGAGCAAAAACACGGUCUGCACAGUCCCCUGCAUUGAUAAAUUGAUAGAUUGAUUGCAACAGUAAAGCGGCCUUAAAUUAUAAUUUAAGUUAAGCAUGAAUUAUCAAACUUUGACCGUCUUUAGUAAUGGCUUUAACCUAGAGGCCUCUGUUGUUUUUCCUUAAUAUAGAUCGCAUACGAGAUAGUGAAAAGAAUAAAGGAAACCGCGUGCGACUUGUUUAAUGAGUUACUGAGGGUGAUGAUUGGUGGAGCACCACAAAUGGGUACAGAUUUUUUUCUUACCAGGGAGGUAAGGUAUAAUAAAUGUUCUGAGUUAUUCAUACCGUAGCGAACGUCACGUCAUGCAUCGCGAGUGCACCCAGUUUACAACUUGGUAAGAUUGUUUAGAAGUCCAGAAUACUUCUGGAAACUUCUAAACAAUCAGGUUACUUCUAAACAAACAGCUCUGAGAUCGAGAUUAACUCUUUUGCUUUUCUGAUCGAACUGGUCUCUGAUUGUAGUUAACCUAAAAGAGGAACUUUGCACAAACCAUGGGAUACAGCUGCUUAAUAUAUCAUUACUUUUCGCAUAAUUUGCCAAGACAUUACCAUUAGUUAAAACCGUCACGUUGCUGCUUGUUAAACAUUUUUAUUUUAAAACGAUCAGGGAAAGCAUUUGUGAUGUUCCUCACCUGGGAAUGGAUAAUCGGAUUUACAUAAUUUUCCCUUCCAUUGCAGCCGUGGAGAAAGGGAAACUCCCCUCCCGAUUGCGUUGUUCCAAUAACUGUAAAAGUGUGGGGCGACGGAUUACCGCACCCUAAGGAUACUGCAGACGUCAUCCUGAUGAACUUGAAAGAAACCGCUGAUACCUGCAACCUUGAAUCCCUCGAGGAGGUAAUGCUUGCCGCUUGGUUUCGCCAGCAAUGUGUCCAGAAAAAGUUGAACUACAAGAUAUACUAUUUUUUUUUAUAAAUUGAAAAGAGUUUAAGAGAUUUCUGAUUACUUACUAAUUACAGGCUAUCGUUGAUGGUGGAAAUAUAAACAAUGACGAUGCCAGUAACAUUAAAAUGAUCAUUGUAAUGAUGAUAACCUUAAUAUAGUUUUCCAUAUUUAAGUUGCUUUUAAACCUUGCAGAGCGUCAGAGUUGAGGCCUUAGAAAAGUGGAAAGAAUGGUUUCAAAGGGACGAGUCAUGUAUGUUCCAGCCAGCUGCAGAUUUAUUCCUACUCCUUGACAAGUACAUCAAAGAUUGCCUUCGUUUGACUUGGAAAAUAGUGACCCAGGUUCCACCUAUGAAGCUCGAGUUCCACAGUUUUAAGUUUGACAAACGUAUUCAUAAGAAUAGAGGAUAUCUAAGCAGUCACCCAGUACGUUCAAAAUCUCAUAGUUCUGCUAAGGAGGAGCAAGAAGAGGAAAUCAGAUUUUACGUUUGGCCUGGACUGCAGGAUGGUGGGGGGAGAUCGAUUCGUAAAGCAGAGGUUCUUUGUCAGAUAAAAUAGUAAGUCUGUCGGUUGUAUUUCUAAGAUGUCACUAUUGCACGGCGAACGAGAGCAAACUAGCAACCAAAUAGCAAAUUGACAAUAGCAUUUUUUACCAAAAUAGCCCUUUUUUUAACCAAAAAGUGGUAAUAGUCAUUGUAAAAGUUACGCAGUAGAGUUCUUCAAAACGAAAAAGUGGAGCUGGAACGUUUUUGAGCAUCAGCUGAUUUUAAGACGCGAGCUACUCGUAUACAUCCGAUGUUAAUCUUAUUUCACAAAGUUCUAUAUUAUUGUAAGUUAGAUUAAAACUAAUUUAAUUCAGAAAUGCAAGUCUGCAACAUUUACACGUGUUAAGUGGUGACGAUUAGACAGAAGCUUAAUGGCGAUCAACAAGCCGGGAAAACUUAGUGAAACGAGAUAAUUUUAUCAAGGCAAUAGGAAAAUCAUAAAAAUGACCACUUUUAGGUUCAAUUAAUUCUUGCAUGAUAAACAGCUAAGGUGGCAUGAACAGUAAUUUAAGCAAUUUGACGAAAUUUGUAACAACAUAGCUAGAGACGGUACUUAGAAAUAUUCAUAUGAGAGCUGACGCAAAAGAGGCGAUGCUGAAAACCAAGACCUUUAUACAGCUUAGACUGAUCAGAAAUAAAAAGCAUGGUACACCAUUGUUAUCCAAGAGGCUUUUAAUUGAGCUACAUGCGAGCCAUUCUCUACCCAGUACCAAAUGGAUGGAGUAGGAAAGUUACUAAUACCUUCUUUAUCUUGAACACGUCAGUUACUCCAGUUUGCAAUUACAUAUUAUACAAAAUGCCAUUCUACGCUGGUGGCAAAAUAACUUGAUUCCAUUCUCUUUGAAGCUAACAAAUGUAACCAUUAUCUCAGUUUAUGUCGGUCUUAUGUCGAACACUG